AUGUCGUAUUUAUCAUCCUCUUCACCAUAUCAACUCUUAGAAAUCAAUAUCAUAUCUGCACAAGAUUUAUCCGGUGUUGCAAAAUCCGUCAAGGCCUAUGCAGUUGCAUGGUUACAUCCAGAACGAAAAUUAGCCACACAAAUUGAUCAAGUUGGCCAUACCAAUCCAACAUGGAAUGAGAAAUUUGUUUUCCGCGUCGAUAAUGAAUUUCUCAAUUCAGAAAGUUCUGUUAUCAUGAUUGAAAUCUACAAUUCUGCUUGGCUCCGUGAUAUUCUCAUUGGAACCGUGGUUGUUCUUGUUAACAACCUUCUCCCAACGGUAACACUCUCAGGUAAUCGGAAACCUAAACUUCGAUUUGUUGGACUUCAAAUACGAAGACCCUCAGGUCGUCCACAAGGGAUUCUUAACAUCGGUGUUACGUUGCUCGAUAGCACGAUGAGAAGCAUGCCACUUUAUUCGGAGCUAAGCACAUCUGCUGUUGGUUAUUGGGAUAUGAUGGAUUCAAAUUCAAACAAAAGGAAAGUUAAUAAUAACUACAAUGACAACAAUUCGAUCGUCACUGAUGAUUCGAAGAUGAUGUUAACUCUUCAACGAUGUCAGAGCGAGAAAAAUGAUUCAACUAUUAAUGAUUACACCUAUCACGGUGCUGGAAAAAACAAUUAUAAUGGUUAUGAGGAAUCUGAAGCGAGCAUGCCGUUACCAAGAAAAAGGGGGAAUGAGGAGUCAUUAUGUUCUGAUGUAGGACCAUCACCGUCUGUUGUUGCAGCAGCAAUAGCGAAGGGAUUGUAUCUGAUGCCUCCACCGUCGAGAAAGGUGAAGAGCUCAGCGGUUGGUGGAUGGUCAGAGAGUAACUAUACGGAAGGGAUGGAUACAAAGAUUGAGAGGUGGAGGAAUGAGUUGACACCGGCCUAUGACGAAGAAUUUGAAGAAUUGGAUGAAGAGAUUAAGAAGAGAAUGGUGGUGGCAAAGAAAACGCCCAAGCGUAGUGGGAAAACGCCGGGACGACCUAUGAGUAAGAAAGGGAAGUUAUGUUCGUGUUUUGGAACGAUGUUUGGGUGUGAGUUUUCGAUAACUUGUGGUGGUGGUGGUAAUAAUAAAAAGAAACGUGGAAAUGACAAGGCUCAUCUCACCUCUGCAUCUGAACUCACUUAUGAUGAAUCACGAAUUUAA